AUGGAUUAUGAUCCGUACGACGCUCUUCUUCAUCACGUCUACCAACAGGUCAGACUCAAGGGGAGGCGUGGUUCCGGCCUACGGAAGAAAACCAUCGCAACAGGUGUCUGUCUCCGAGUGGCUGCAGGACACUACCGCGUUUUUCCGUACAACCAGCUGUUACUAGCUCCCUUUGAGGCCGCAGUCAGACUGCUCAAUCCAGUCGUUGCUGUUAAAAUCCGCAGUGCCGCCGUGCACGCUGCAUUCAGUACAAUAACUGAUACAGAUGCUUCGAUCUAUAUCGAUUCCGACACGAAGAUACAGGUGUUCGAUUCCAUGAACUUCCUACCUCGGGCUGAAAAGGAACAGUGCGCAGCUUUCAUUCGCGAUGAACGCGUCAUCGUUAUAUGGUCAGAUAGCUUUGACACUAUCAUACCUUUGUGUCGCGACUUAGAGGAGAAGCUCAUUAAGUUGGUCUGGCGUUUCCGUCAUUUGGCGUCGCCUGUAUCUACCACCCCACCAUCUACCAACUCUGUAUCAGUUACCGCUUCUGCCGCUAAUUUGGUAGAAAAGGACAGGGUCCUCACAGAGGCCAUCCCUGUCACAGAGAAAGAGCGAAACAAUGCACGUUCGAAGGCACCACCCAAGAAAUCGAGGUGGGCCUGGAGUUGGCGCGCAUCACCGGAGAACAGAAGCAUGUAUGCCGACGAAUAUGACUUAGAGAAGGAAGGUUCUCCUGGAAGUCAAGGGCCUCGGCCCCUUCGUCUCUACGCCCCAUUUUACUGUGGCCUUGCGACGGCAUUGUCGAUAUUUUUUAUUGGCAGUGGACUCAGUGUCCUUUUGGCCGAAUGGCUUCUCGAUGACAAUUAUACACGUUUCAUCCUGCUCGUCACAUCACCCUUCCUCUUUUGCAUAUCACUGUUCUUCUGUUUGCAGCUUGUGGGCAACUUGUCCUUGGUGCUUGGUCCGGUUGCCCAGUACCAUGAGAAUUCAAGAUAUUACUCCGCAGUUCCCCCAUCACCGAACAAGGCAGUCGAUGCCGCGCUACCCCACAUUACCGUCGAACUUCCGGUGUUUAAGGAGAGUCUAGAACAUACAAUUGCACCGUCGGUCUUCUCGAUCAAGAAGGCAAUGCAGACAUACGCCAGGCAGGGUGGCACGUCUGCUAUUUUCGUGCAUGACGACGGGUUGCAGCUCAUUAGUACCAAGGAGCAGGAAGAACGCAUUGCAUUCUAUGCGAAUCACAACAUCGGGUGGGUCGCGCGCCCGAAGCAUGAUAGCGCACCAGGCGGCUUCAAGCGCGCUGGCCGGUUCAAAAAGGCAUCGAACAUGAACUACGGGCUCGCGUUAAGCUUGAAGCUUGAGAAGCAUUUGAAGGUGCUCGAAGACGCGGAGCAGAGGGGGGAACUGGAUGACAGCAAAUAUGAGUGUCUUGAAGAUAUGGCGUUGGAAUUGGCCACGGAGGAGGUGUACAAUGAGAGUGGUGGGAAGUGGCGGCCCUGGGCAAACAAUGGGAAGUCUUUACGCAUUGGGGAAAUUAUCUUGAUUGUCGAUGCAGACACGAUCGUGCCCGAGGAUUGUUUCCGUGAUGCCGCACGAGAGCUUGCAGAAAGCCCCGACGUCGGUAUUAUCCAGCACGAAUCGGACGUAAUGCAAGUCGCGCACCACUACUUUGAGAACGGAAUUGCGCACUUCACACGGCGGAUUAACAAGUGCAUUUCUAUCGGGUGCGCGAACGGGGAAGUGGCUCCCUUCGUGGGACACAACGCCUUUCUUCGGUGGUCGGCUCUCCAGGAUGCGGCGUUCAUCGAUCCUGCAGAUGGAAAGAAGAAGAUAUGGUCUGAGUCGAAUGUCUCCGAAGACUUUGACAUGGCUUUGCGGUUGCAGCUGAAGCAUUACAGUAUCCGAUGGGCGUCGUACUCCAAGGGUGGAUUCAAGGAAGGCGUGUCCCUCACUGUCGACGAUGAGUUGAAUCGGUGGCAGAAGUACUCAUAUGCAUUGCUCUCCCAUUUAUUUUCUUACAACAUCACGUGGGGCGCUACGAAGAAGGAGGUCGAACGAUCAAAUUUCUUCAUUGAAGUUCCGAAGAUCCUAAAGCGCUUUCGCGUUGCACUGAUAUUAUGCACGAUUACCGUGGCGGGGAUGGUCAUACUCAGCACGUCACUGGUGCCCGUUGGGUGGCAGGUGGAAUCGACUGACUGGGCAGUUAUCCUGCCGCUUGCCAUCGUUGUCGGAAGCCACAUUCUCUUUCCUAUUGUCCUUAACCCCUGGUUGAUGAUAUUCUCGUACUAG